UUUCAGAGAGACAUAUUUCACGUUGACAACUAAAACAACAACAACAAGAGAUUUUUCUGUUGCAUUUACCCAAGUUUUCCUGAAUACUGCGUUCAACAUGACUGAUCUAGAUAAAUGGGUGGAAAUAGUUAAGGACUGCAAGUAUUUGCCAGAAAAUGAUUUGAAAAAAUUAUGUGAUAUUGUGUGUGAAAUUCUGUUGGAGGAAUCGAAUAUUCAACCAGUUAGUACACCUGUUACAGUAUGUGGUGACAUUCAUGGGCAGUUCUAUGAUUUGGAGCAACUGUUUAGAACUGGUGGUCCAGUGCCCGAUACUAAUUAUAUAUUUAUGGGAGAUUUUGUAGAUCGGGGUUAUUAUAGUUUAGAAACACUUACAAGACUUAUGACGCUGAAGGCUCGUUAUCCAGAUCGCAUAACGCUACUAAGAGGGAACCAUGAAUCCAGACAAAUUACUAAAGUAUAUGGAUUUUAUGAUGAGUGCUUUAGCAAAUACGGAAACUCAAAUGCUUGGAAAUAUUGCUGCAAAGUGUUUGAUUUAUUAACAGUAGCAGCGAUUAUUGACGAGGAGGUGUUAUGCGUGCAUGGAGGACUAAGUCCAGAAAUUAUUACCCUAGAUCAAAUACGCACCAUUGAGCGAAAUGGCGAAAUACCUUAUAAAGGUGCUUUCUGUGAUUUAGUUUGGUCAGAUCCAGAAGACAUGGACCUUUGGAGACAAAGUCCACGAGGCGCUGGUUGGCUUUUUGGUCAAUUAGUGACAAAAGAUUUUAUGUCUAUAAAUAAUUUGGAGCUAAUUUGUCGUGCUCAUCAGUUAGUGAAUGAAGGCAUAAAAUAUAUGUUUGAUGGAAAGUUAGUGACAGUGUGGUCGGCACCAAACUAUUGUUAUCGUUGUGGUAACGUAGCAGCUAUAUUAAAGUUCCAAACUGCCACAGAUCGAUCAACAAGUAUAUUUUGGGCUGUCCCUGAGACAGAGAGAGUCAUACCACCGCAAAAUACUACACCAUAUUUCCUAUAAUUUUGAUUCGGU